AUGAAGUUAAUCGGUGUUCUUCUGUUUGGAUGCGUGGCUUUUGCUCAUCAACAGGACACAUCUCAUCAGGAACUGGGUGAGAAAAUCCCAGCCGAGUUUGAGGGAUCCUGGCAAAGAUGGCAUAUGAAAGAAGAACAUAACCUGGAUCACGCUGAUCCAAGCUCAGUGUUUCUUCUCCAUGACUAUAGAAACGUGAAGAGACUGAACGACAAGGACAUCCUCAGAAUGUAUGGACUGAUGAGAGAGGAGAUUGUUGGAAAGGGUGACGGCACGGGAUCUCACGACAACACAGAAAUUAUCACCAAGGAAAUGAAGAACGAUCUUGUCAGAAAAGUCAUGGCGUUGAUUGACAAGAACGGCGACGGUGAGAUCUCUUUCGAGGAGUGGCUUGAGUACUCGAAAAACGGUGGAGAAUUCCCAGACUUUGGUUUCGGACCGGGUCACGAGUACGACUUUGAAGAGGAGUAUGAAAAGCACCACUGGUUGCAAUACCACGCCGAAAGCGACCCGGACGUCAAUAUCCAGCACGCUGAAGACAUUGAGCACGAAUUGCUGCAUCAUCUCCAUGAAAUUGAGCACGAGGCUCCAGAGUCGGAGUCGGGAUACAACAAACGAGUGCCAAUCAGAGAGUUCAAGAUCCCAAAGAAAUUCCAGUCUUGA